AUGACGACGAAGGAGGAAGCACUGCACGACGCUUCCAAAGCUGGCGACUUGGCGCGCAUCACGUCCCUCCUCGACGAGGGCGUCGACGUCCACUGCAGACGCCGACAUGGUGUAACGCCUUUGCACCAAGCUGCGUCGUUUGGUCGAUUCGACGUCGCUCGCCUCUUGCUCGACCGCGGCGCUGACAUGACCGCACGCGACAAGGAUGCGGAGACGCCAAUGCACAAAGCUGCAUAUGGUGGCAAACUGAGAGUCGUUGGCCUCUUGCUCGAUCGUGGCGCUCUAGCUGACGCGCGUGCCACGGACGGUCGGACGCCAUUGCACAAAGCUGCGUAUGGCGGUGAAGUGGGCGUCGUUCGCCUCUUGCUCGACCGCGGCGCCGACAUCAACGCGCGCGACAAGAUCACUAGGGCGACACCACUCCACGACGCUGCUUUUGGUGGCGACUUUAACGUUGUCCGCCUCUUGCUCGAACAUGGCGCCGACGUGGACGCACGCAAUAUGGAUGGGAAGACACCAUGGAUGACAGCGCAAGACGACCAAGAAGACGCAAAAUGCGCAUAUGUGGCGGCAGUAAUCGCGGACUAUUCGCGCAAGAAAACAUAUGCCAAGCGGCUGUGGAACGCUGUCCGCGACAACAAGUCGGCAACCAUCGAGCGACUCGUUGCCAGAAGCUUCGCGCCGUGCCACUCGUUGUUGCUGCACAAGGCCUUGACGUACGACGACCCGUGCUUGCUGCAACGCUUGCUGCCCUCACUGGACGUCGAGGCCGUCGAUACUGAAGGCUACUCGGUCUUGGCGCGCGCGGUUGAGGAGUGCCACAUGAGCCUUGUCCAGCAACUGCUGCAUAUCAACGUCAACGUCCACGCGACAGUACGCUCCCACUACCUUCGCAAGAAGCGCGACAGAGAACCCGUCGGUAUGCAAAUCACAACGAUGGACGUGGCGUGGGCGCUGGCGCAUGCACUCGCCGACAUCCACGAGAAAGGUCUUGUCCACCGCGACGUCAAGAGCCCCAACGUCCUGCUGUCGACGGCGCACGGCAUCAAACUCGGCGACUUUGGUACUGCACGUACUGUCGACGCCAUCGUGACGGGCGGCGUCGGCUCGCAGCUCUGGAUGGCGCCCGAGGUCUUUGGCGAUAACAAGUCCAGCGGCGACCGCGCGUACUCGGCGGCCGCCGACAUUUUUUCGUUUGGCGUCGUCUUGUCCGAGGUGCACACGGUUGACGAGCCGUAUGCAGGCCAAGGCAGCCCAAGUGCUAUCGUUGCAAAGGUGUUGACGGGGGAGUUGUCACCAGCGACCAAGCCAACGUGUGACGACGCGCUACGGAUGCUCAUUACCGCGUGCGUGGCGUUUGAGCCAGCCAAGCGCCCGACGGCCAAGAAGAUUAUCGCUUUCUUGGCCAUGUACAUGCCCACACACGAAGCCGACAACGACUGUGACGCCGAUGGAUUCCGCAAGUACAGGUGUAUGUAA